AUGAGUAGAUCACGAGCAAGCCUUUCACCUGCGGCAUCUGAACGUUCUACUUUACCAAUGGGUGAAUCUGCCGGACCUGGAAGUCCAGCGUUCAAACCACUGGAGCCGACGAGGGAGCAACUGUUAAAUCACUUUUUUGAAAGAUUCAAAUUCUACACAUCACUUUGCCUCGGCACAUCAGCCAUACUUGCAGUCUUCGCGUUCCUUUUUCUGAUCCCGUUUGUUGUGGAGCCUGCGAUACAGACAAUACUUGCUGAAUUCGUGCCGGAAGCGGGAAUUUGUUCGGUCUCCGAACAUGUCCACGCGGAAACUUUGACCAAUUGUACCUGGGCAUCAUGCAGGGAAGGUUGUACUACGGCGCACACAAAAUGCCACAAGAUCAGAGUUAAUCUUUCACGAAAACCAUUCGUAGAAGAUGGAGAUAUUCCAACAGAAUGGGACGAGACAGAUCUGCGUUUCCUUAUAAACCCGGAAGGUUGUGGAUAUCCACCGAGAGUUAAUUGUUCUGUUUUCGCAAACGAUUACGCAGGACCGAAAGCACCAAAGAUCUUCCCAUGUUAUUACAGCUUGACGCGACCUGAUCUCGUAGUUGCAAGGUAUUCAUGGGAGUCGACGGUUCGAGGUUUGGUUCUGGCAUUGGUAUUACCUGCGGCGGUCUUCGUGUUUAGUCUAAGUGUGCUUGCCUAUUGGCACUGUCGAUGCUGUGACAGAGCUUGCAAUAGACGGGUACAUGCCGAGUCCUUCACGAGCAAAGAGGAUAGUAAGCUGCUCUGUGAGCUAGACGAAGACCCAAGUGAUGACGUCUUCUGA